CCAGACGGCGCAUGCGCAGCAGCGUCGCUGUCACUACUAUGACUUUAGUUAAAUGUCACGUAGCAUUUAAAUCGAUUUUUAAACAAAAUACUUACACGCCUUUAAUUCAGUAACGUCUUUGGCACUUACAUUUGUUAGUUAAAGUAACAGCACGCCGUCCGUAGCAGAUAUCAGAGUCGCUCGUCUUCUUUUAGCUCAGCAGAGACAUGUUUACAUCCCAGACCUCUUCCUUUCAGGAGUCCAUAGACGUGGAUGAAAGGGACGCAGACUUCGACAACGAAGAAAUCGCCGGAUACAGCCAGAAAAUACAACAGAUUAACAGCUAUUAUGCCAUAUACUACUACCAGAACACAAGAUCUGAGGCUUCGGGAGACAGUGUGGCCUGGAGCCAGAGAAGAUCAGACUCUACCACAAGCCAGGAAGACUUUAGUCUCACGCUGCUGGACGCCAGCUUGCCACCCGAGGCCGAGCCAGAGCUACGCAGCUACAUCUCCCGCAGGCUGAGCAAGGGCGCUUUGCUAGGGGGUAUGGGUAACAUUGCCACCGUGGAGCUAAGCAUCCCUGAGCAAGCGGUGGGCUGUUACUGCUGUCUGCUGGAGCAGGAGAAAUCUCCAGAACAGCCUGAGGCCGAUGGCAACGGCUGGGUGGUGUGUCUUCUCGGAGGAUCAGAGAAGGGCCUGAAUCUGUUUAGAAUUGAGCUGGACAAGUACGUCCAGGGUCUGCAGGGCUGUUUGACUCCAGAGAUGCAAAAUUUGGAGACCGAAGUCAGGCCCUACCUGAUCCGCUGGUAUGAGGAGUCAGUUCUGCACAUUCACAGAGUGGUUCAGCUGCUGCAGGCCAACGUCGGGUACCUUCUGCAUGCUGCUUUGAGUCACAAACUUGUCGAGGUCACAGGGGCAGAUGAGAAGACAAAAGCAGAUGUAGCAAGAUUUAUCAAAGCAGCAAGCCUGCAGGGUAUAGUUCAGGAAGACACCACUACAGCCUCUCUCUGUAAGGCCCUUUCAGAGGACACUCACACCAGUCUGAUCAUCGACUGCUCCUCCAGCCCGCCUACACUCUCCAAUGAAGUCAGCAACCGGUUCUGCGACGACUGGAUCCAGGCCUUCCUCAAUGCUGCUGAGCGCUUUAACCCUUUCCUUCUCCGACAAAUCCUGGAGAACUUUAAACUUAAGGCCAUCCAGGACAUGAACAACCUGAAGCGCUUCAUCCGUCAGGCAGAAAUGAGCCACUACGCUCUGUUCCGCUGCUGUCUGUUCCUGCAGAGCUGUGGAAACGGAGACGUGCUGCUGCAGAACGCACGGGCCGAGCACAGCAGCCUUCCUGAGGCCUGUGGCAUCAUAAACGUGCUGGAGGAGUUCCUCGGGAGCACACUCAGGCACGCUGUACUGACACCAGAGCUACUGCACAUACACUCACCUGUCUGA